AUGGGCUGUGGCGUGUCGAGCAGAAGCGGAGUGGACAGAAAGGUGACCCGUGCUAGCGGAUUUCGUGGUAAGGGGACCCUUCAGCUGGACAUAAGGAUCUCGGAGGAUGGUUUGCUAGACGUAGGCAACGAUGAAGCGGUCUCGGUGACCUGCUCUGGGUUGACAGUUCUGGUUUUCGAAGCUGUAGCCCUCAGGUCUUUCCUAUGGAAUGCCGAGAGAGUACCGGUUCUUGAAUGGCUGAAAGCAAAUUAUCCCAUCUCCCGUUCUUGCAUCCCGUUCCUUUGCUUUGCCUGUGAAUACUUUUCCCCUCUUCCAAAUAUGGCAUUUGUUGUUGCUGAGGCAAUCCUCAAGAAGUUGGGUCCCCUGGCUGUUGAACAAGUAGGCCUCCUCUGGGGCCUCGGCCGCGAGGUCUUGAAACUGAAGAGUACGGUUACUUCCAUCCAGGCCGUGCUGUUGGAUGCCGAAGAGCAAUCCGGUCUGAAUAAUCAAGUUCAAGUUUGGCUCCAAGAACUGAAGCAGGUCCUCUAUGAUGCUGACGACUUGUUGGACGAUUUCAACACCGAGGCUCUGCUGAGGCAACAACAGAUGGAUGGUAGUGGCAAUGCCAAUUUGAACGACAAGGCUGUAGCAAAAUAG